UUAAUGGAUCUCUAGAUGAGGCAUUGCGUGGACUGAAAGCUGGAUUCUACUUCUCCAUUCCUCCAUCAUUUACCACUGGCGAUCACAAACGUUUCUUGAUUGAAGCGAUACCCAUAGAAAAGUUAUUGCUGGAGACCGAUUCACCAGUUCUGGGUCCUGUGAGAGGAGAAAGGAACGAGCCGGCCAAUGCUAGGCUUUCAGCCAGCUUCAUUGCUGAGGUAAUGGAUUGA